AAUAUCAUCCAAAACAAACGUAAAACAAAGCAGCUAUUGUUUGAGGAAGAUCCUAAUGUUUAAUAUAGUGACUUUUAUUUAGUUUGCAUGUUUUUUUUAUAUGAACAACAGAUGGCGAUAUUUAUCAUAAAGCAAUAUAAACAAAGACUGCAGCAUAACACGUUCAUAUUUUAGGACCAUGGGGGGCCAUGAUGCUGGGAGCCAACACCAGUUUACAGGGAUUGCCAAAUAUUUUAAUUCAUACACCAUUACAGGAAGAAGGAAUUGUGUUCUGGCCACCUAUGCUGGCAUUGCUGUCAUUUUUCUGUACUUCAAACUGAAACCGAAGAAAAAGAAGGCAGUAGCUGCAAAAUAAGGAUGAAAAUAAUUUGUUCUUUGCUGUUAUUAUUAUGCUGUGCAUAACUGUCUCAGACUAAAAAAAAAAAGCGAUUUGAUAUCUGAAAUGUUAAACAAAGUAAAAGCAAC